AUGGGUGUCACAGGAUUGUUAACUAAAUUGAAACCAAUUCAAAAACAGAUUACUCUAGACCAAUUAUAUUCUAAAAGAUUAGCAAUCGAUGGGUAUUCGUGGCUCCAUAAAGCAACCAUUGGCUGUUCUUAUGAAUUGAUGAUGGAUUUAAAUACAAAUACAUAUUUAAAAUAUUUUAUAAAGAGAAUCAAUAUGUUAAAACGAUAUAAUAUUAAACCGUAUUUCGUAUUUGAUGGUGCCAAGAUAAAUGUGAAAGAAGGGAUUGAAUCCUCGAGAUUAGAAAAAAGGAUCUUAAAUAAAAAGAGAGGCAUAUCGUUAUGGGACACUGGGAAACAUCUUGAAGCUAUAGAAUAUUUUAAGAAAAGUGUGGAUGUAACACCUCAAAUGGCUAAAUGCAUUAUAGAUUAUUGUCGUUCGGAAAAUAUUGAUUACAUAGUGGCUCCAUUUGAAGCUGAUUCGCAAAUGGUAUAUCUGGAGAAAGAAGGUUUAGUUGAUGGUAUUAUUUCUGAAGAUUCUGAUUUAUUAAUCUUUGGUUGUAAAAAUUUAAUUACCAAAUUAAAUGAUAGAGGGGAGGCAAGACAAAUUGAAAGAAAAGAUUUCAAUAUGUUGGAGGAGCCAUUCAGUAUCGGUAAAUUUUCGCCAGAACAGCUACGACUUAUGGUUUGUCUAUCUGGGUGUGAUUACACUAAAGGGUUGGGCCAUAUUGGUUUGACAUUCGCGUAUAUGUUUACUAGCACUGGUAAGUCAAUUGAAGGUAUACUUGAAGAUUUUAUUGAGUCGGGAAAAUUAACUACAGAGAGUGCAGAAAUCUUCUUAAAAGAAUAUUAUUUUGCAGAUUGUUCAUUCCAAUUCCAAAGAGUUUUUUCCCCAACUCAACAAAAAGUGGUAACAUUAAAUGAUAUUACAUCAGAAUAUUUAUAUGAUUUCAAAAAAUCUAGAAUAUUGUACAGUAGUAUUGGUAAAGUUAUUAAUAAGCGUACAAGGAUUGUUGAAUAUAUUGAAAAUGACGAAGACAUUGAUCAUGAGAUGCAUAGGCUAAUAAGUAUAGGCGAAAGGGAUCCAUCCAAUUUUCAAACGAGAUUGGUUAGUAGAGAAAAUUUAAUCAAUGAAAGUGGGGAAACACAAAAUUCAAUUCAAUUUUAUUAUUCAAAUUUAUGGAAUAAAUAUGCAUCCCCAUUGCCAUUGCAUCCAAUCUUUAAUAAAACUCCAGUAGGAAGUCUUUCUUUAUCAUGUAAUUAG